AUGGGUAGCAUGAAAGGCCAAGAAUGCUCCUCCUCCAAUAUCUCUACUACUUAUCACGUGUUCUUGAGUUUCAGAGGCCAAGACACCCGCAACGCCUUCACUGAUCACCUCUACACAAGUUUGGUGCAGGCAGGAUUUCGCACAUUCAAAGAUGAUGAUGAUAUAGAAAGAGGAGAAAAUAUUAAGUUAGAAUUGCAUAAAGCGAUUCGGGUAUCAAGGAUUUCAGUAGUCGUGUUCUCGAAAGAAUAUGCAUCUUCAAGAUGGUGUCUUGACGAACUUUUGAUGAUCCUCGAAUGCAAGAGGACCUCUAAGCAUAUGGUUCUACCUGUCUUCUACGACGUCGAUCCUUCUCAAGUUAAGAACCAAACAGGAAGCUUUGCAGAGGCAUUUGCAAGGCAUGAGAAUAUUGAGGCAGAAAGUGAUGAAAUAAAAAAUGAAUGGAUGCAUAAGGUAAAAGAAUGGAGGGCUGCACUUAGAGAAUUUGCGGAUUUGGGAGGGAUGGUUUUGCAAAAUCAAGUCGAUGGGCGUGAGUCAAAAUUUAUUCAAAAAAUUGUUAAAGUCAUUGAAGACAAGUUGAACCGCAAGAUUUUGAGCGAUGCACCUUCCCUAAUUGGAAUGUAUUCUCGAGUCACGAGCAUUAACUCAUGGUUACAAGAUGAAUCAACUAAUGCCGGUGUGCUUGUAAUUUGUGGAAUGGGCGGAAUAGGAAAGACAACUAUCGCCAAAUUUGUGUAUAAUUUAAAUUACAGAAGAUUUGAAAGUAGCAGUUUUCUUGCGAAUAUCAAAGAAGUGUCAGAGCAACCAAACGGAUUAGUUCGUUUACAAAGACAACUACUUUCAGACAUUUCCAAGUGGAAAAAAGAAAACAUACAUAAUGUUGAUGAAGGAAAUAUUAAGAUAAUGGAAGCCAUGUCAUGUAAAAGAGUUCUUAUUGUUCUUGAUGAUGUAGUUCAAUUGGACCAAUUAGAUGCAGUAAUUGGAACUCAGGAUUGGCUUCAUCCCGGAAGUAGAAUCAUGAUAACAACUAGACAUGAGCGAUUAAUGCAAGCUCACAAAGCUCAUGAGGUGUAUAAGGUUGAAAAUUUUGAUGAAGCUGAAUCAUUUGAGCUCUUCAGUUGGCACGCUUUUGGACAAGAUCAUCCUAUGGAAGGCUUCAUUGAGCACUCGAAAAGGGUAAUACAAUACUGUGGAGGACUUCCACUAGCUCUUCAAGUUUUGGGUUCAUCUUUGUCUGGGAAAAGUGCACAUGUUUGGGAAAGUGCAUUGGAGAAAUUAGAUGCAAUACCUGAAAGUCAAAUUGUGAAAAAACUCAAAAUAAGCUACGACUCCUUACAAGAUGAUCAUGACAAAAAUUUAUUCCUACAUAUUGCUUGCUUCUUUGUUGGGAAGGACAAAGAUUGCUUGAUAAGAAUAUUAGAUGAAUGUGAUUUCUACACAACGAUUGGUAUUCAAAAUCUCAUUGAUAGAUGUCUUGUUACAGUUGAUAAAAGUAACAAGCUGAUGAUGCAUCAAUUGCUUCGAGAUAUGGAAGAGAAAUUAUUCUCGCCGAUGGGAAUCGCCGUAGAGGAGCUGGGAAACGUUAGAGAUUAUUGGCAUUCGUAA